UAAAAGGGGCGAUUCGCAUUUGCAAUCAAAUUAAAUUGCCGACGAAGCGGUACAGUCCUGCCGCAUAUAACAUUUUAUCAAAUCAUUUUAGCAAGUACUAUUCCGCGUCACAAAGGGACGUUUCUGUAAAAAUGGCCGAAAAAUUAUUGCCUCAAAUUUUUAAAUUCGUGGAUCAAAAUGCUGAAUCUUACAAGAAUCUCUUGAAGGAGGCAGUUGCUAUUCCGUCGGUGUCAAGCGAUGCAAAAUACCGCGAUGAAUGUAUUCGUAUGGUACAUUGGACGGAACAGAAGUUGAAAGAUGUUGGAGCCAGUACUCAGCUCAGAGAUGUUGGUUUUCAGACUUUAGAUGGAAAAGAAGUCAAAUUGCCGCCAGUUUUAGUGGGCGUUCUUGGGAAAGAUCCCAAGAAAAACACAAUUUGCAUUUAUGGCCACUUAGAUGUCCAACCAGCUUUGAAAUCAGAUGGUUGGAACACAGAACCAUUUGAGCUUGUUGAGAAAGAUGGUAAACUUUUUGGGAGAGGUUCCACUGAUGACAAAGGGCCAGUACUGGGUUGGUUUCAUGCCAUAAAUGCUUACAAAGGAGUGGGUGAAGAGUUGCCAGUUAACCUGAAAUUUGUUUUUGAAUGUAUGGAAGAAUCUGGCUCAGAGGGGCUCGACGAUCUCCUAAUGAAAGAAUUGAAGCCGGAAGGGUUUUUUGAGGAUGUUGAUUUUGUUUGCAUCUCGGACAACUACUGGCUAGGCACCACGAAACCUUGCAUUACGUAUGGACUCCGCGGCAUCAGCUAUUAUUUCCUAGAGGUGGAGUGCGCAAAAAUGGAUUUACACAGCGGAGUAUACGGUGGCACGGUACAUGAAGCUAUGACGGAUCUCAUUUAUCUUAUGAGCCAGUUAGUGGACAAGAAUGGCAAGAUCUUAAUUCCGGGCAUAUACAACUCGGUGGCGCCACUCACGGAAAACGAGAAGAAUCUUUACACCACGAUCGAUUUCGACCCUGAAGCAUACAGAAAUAGUAUUGGAGCGUACAAGUUGGCGCACGAAGGUGUGAAGGAACAGUUGUUGAUGCACCGCUGGAGAUACCCGAGCCUCUCGCUCCACGGCAUCGAAGGUGCCGCAUUCCAGCCCGGCGCGAAGACAGUCGUUCCGGGGAAAGUGAUAGGAAAGUUUUCAAUCAGACUGGUGCCGAAUCAAGAGCCAGAAGAGAUCGAGCAGUUGGUGUUCGACUAUGUCAAUAAAAAGUGGGCGGAGCAUGGGUCGCCCAACAAGAUGAACAUCACGGCGCAGAGCGGCCGCGCGUGGACCGAGAACCCCGACCACCCACACUACCAGGCCGCCGCGCGAGCCACCAAGCUCAUCUACCAGACGGACCCGGACAUGUCGCGCGAGGGCGGGUCGAUCCCGGUGACGAUCACGCUGCAGGAGGCGAGCGGCCGCAACGUGCUGCUGCUGCCCAUGGGCGCCGGCGACGACAUGGCGCACUCGCAGAACGAGAAACUCAACGUGCGCAACUACAUCGAAGGCAUAAAACUGUUUGCCGCUUACUUGUACGAGGUCGGCAAACUUCCCAAAUGAGGCGGGGACGAGGGAACGCAUCUGCGGGGACGGCGUGUGGAGGUUGGACAUUGGUACAGCGUAUGGUAUCGGGCAUUAAGAUUAUGUAUAAUUGUACAAUGGAAAUAGCAAUCAUCGCAAGUACAAUAUGUAAGCAUAAUACUUUAUUGUAAAAUGUAGUACAUACAUUUAUUUUUAACACGAUGGUGCCUUAAUUGCAAUUUAUGGUUUACAUAAUACAUCCACAAAUGUUAUAUUUAAGCAAGUUAAAUAUAUUAAAAAAAUAAUUAGUAAAUCGCAUGUCAUCAUCGAAUUGAAAUAAAAGACAACGCUAUACCUAAUGUUUUAUAUUGUUUAAAUGCUAUAUUUUUAUAUAACAUGAUUUUUUGUUUAUAUUUUUACCAGAACAAUAAACGAUUCUAAGUAU